AUUAAGGUCAUUAGACACUGUCGGCUGCAGUGAAUAAGUCAGACUUUUUGGACAUUCAGUGAUAAAUUCUGAAAGUAGCUGAUACUGUGGAGAACAGUGGAAAAUCCUUACCCUUCUCAAAUACAGUUGUUACCCGCAUCUCUAGCAAACUAGAUCCAAGGUCAAGAAUGUUCCAGUUUGCUCUUACCGGCCCAGCUGUGACUACGGCGUUGCUUUUAACCCUUGUAAAUAUCGCGAUCGUAACCCCCCAAGAGAUGUCAAUCCGCUUCAACUUUCUGAAACCUGGUUAUACCAUUUAUGAGAUUAGCUCGUGGUCUUCAUCACGACGCUCUUACUCAACUCAAAGUGUAACAGAAUGUACAUUGAUGGCUUUAAACAGAAUGGUCGAUACUAAAGUAGUAUUCGUUUCUUAUAACAAGACAAAUAAGUUUUGUAGUACUUUCACAUCAGGUACUGGGGUGAAACCGUCCGGUAAAUAUGGCAACAACGAACUGUGCUUAUAUAGAGCUGAUACAUCGGUGAUGGUAUUUAGAGUAAAGAUCCCUACGAUAGCGCCCGUUUAUAAUAGCUUUUACCAAAUAAAACCAUAUGCUUCAGAUGUAGGUCUCUACCGGAAUUUGAUCCUUGACUCAUGGAGAAAUCUUCCGAUGGAUAAG